CAUCGCUAUUUCGAGCACGUGUUGUUUGUUGUUGUGCGUGUGUUUCUUACAACUGCUACGCAAAAUGUUGGCAAAAAAAAACAGAAAAUGGAAGCGGAACCCGAACAAAUUGUAGUGCCACACACGCUGCAAGCGCGUCUCAUAUCGGAAACCGGCGAGGAAGCGGGACCACCCAUAGAUUUGCCCUCGGGCAUCACAACACAACAACUGGGCCUUAUUUGCAAUGCGUUACUGAAGAACGAGGAAACGACGCCUUAUUUGUUCUUCGUCGGCGACGAUGAGAUCAAAAAGUCACUGGAGGACACACUUGACCUUGCGACCGUGGACACCGAGAAUGUCAUUGACAUUGUGUACCAGCCACAGGCCGUGUUCAAAGUGCGUCCCGUCACCAGAUGUACCAGCUCUAUGCCUGGCCAUGCUGAGGCUAUUGUAUCGCUGCAUUUCAGUCCCAAUGGCGCACAUCUGGCCAGUGGCAGCGGCGACACGACCGUGCGCCUCUGGGAUCUCAACACGGAGACACCACACUUCACUUGCACUGGCCACAAACAAUGGGUGCUCUGCGUCGCUUGGGCCCCAGACGGCAAACGCUUGGCCAGUGCCUGCAAGGCAGGUAAUAUUAUCAUCUGGGACCCGGAGACAGGCCAGCAAGUGGGACGUACGCUCAGCGGUCACAAGAAGCACAUCAAUGGACUGAGUUGGGAGCCUUAUCAUCAGAAUCCAGAGUGCCGCAAGCUGGCAUCGGCAAGCAGUGAUGGCGAUUGUCGUAUAUGGGAUGUGAAGCUGGGUCAGUGCCUGCUCAACAUUGCUGGCCACACGAAUGCUGUUACAGCCGUGCGAUGGGGUGGUGCCGGCAUGUUGUAUACCUCGUCCAAAGAUCGGACUGUGAAGAUGUGGCGCGCUGCUGAUGGCAUCUUGUGUCGCACGUUCUCUGGCCACGCGCACUGGGUGAACAAUAUAGCACUGAGCACCGACUACGUGCUGCGCACUGGACCCUUCCAACCAGUCAAGGAUCGCCUCAAGGGGUACCUCAACCUAAGCACUGAGGAGUUGACUGCUGCUGCUUUGAAGCGUUACCAAGCCGUUUGUCCAGAUGAAGUGGAGUCGCUCGUCUCAUGCUCGGAUGACAACACUUUGUACUUGUGGCGCAACAAUCAGAACAAGUGCGUGGAGCGCAUGACGGGCCAUCAGAAUGUUGUGAACGAUGUCAAGUACUCGCCAGAUGUGAAGCUCAUUGCCUCGGCCUCGUUCGACAAAUCCGUGCGGCUUUGGCGUGCGCACGAUGGUCAGUUUAUAGCCACAUUCCGCGGUCAUGUGCAGGCCGUCUAUACGCUCGCCUGGUCAGCGGAUUCGCGACUAAUAGUCUCCGGCAGCAAGGACUCCACUUUGAAGGUUUGGAGCGUGCAGAGCAAGAAGCUGGCGCAGGAGCUGCCUGGACAUGCGGACGAAGUGUUUGGCGUCGACUGGGCGCCCGAUGGUUCCAGAGUCGCCUCUGGCGGCAAGGACAAAGUGAUAAAGCUCUGGGCCCAUUGAUGAGCUACACAUAAAAUGCAUCGAUUUACAUAUACUACUAACAAUAAAGUGAAAACCCUGAGUGGAACUCUUGGUCCAUGUCCUUGUCUAAA